AUGUGCCCCCAAACCCCCCACGGCGACUGCCCUUCAGAGGAAACAGCCUGCCACAUAAUCCCCUCAAUCUCCGGCAAGCGCGUCCUGAUAACAGGUUGCGCCUCCGGAAUCGGCAAAGCAACAGCCGAAGUCUUCGCCGCGCAUGGUGUGCACAUGGUGAUAUGUGACAUCCAAGACAGCAUUGGCCAAGAGCUCGCGUCGCAUAUCUCUGCCAAAAGCCCCAACUCCAAAAUAAAAUACCAACACCUCGACGUAGCAGUCAGGUCCGAGUGCAACGCGGUCGUGGAAGCCGCUGUCCGGUUGCUCGGUGGACUGGACUGUUUGGUCCACGCAGCAGGCCACAUCCACCAAGAUGUUGCAGAGACCAUCGCUGAGAGUGAGCUGGAUCGCAUGCUAGAUGUCAAUAUCAAGGGAACGAUAUUCAUGAACCAAGCUGUAUUUCCUUGCCUCAAGACUCGGGGCGGUACGAUUCUAAAUUUCGGGUCUGAUCUUGCGUUUGAUCCACUGCCGCUUCUGGCACACUAUUCUGCUUCGAAGGGUGCCGUGCAGAGCUUUACGAGGGCUGUUGCGCGCGAGUGGGGGAAGUAUGGGAUCCGUGUUAAUGCGGUUCUCCCUGCUGUUUGGACACCCAUGAUUGAUGGCUAUCGUGAGAAUCUUGAGGCGGAGAGCGUUGAAGGUCAUGGUGUUUUCAUGAGUGAUCGAGUUUGUCUUGGGGAGAAGUUUGGGGAUGUGGAGAUUGACUUGGUUCCUGUUCUUGCGUUUUUAGUUUCGGAUGCUUCGCGCUGGAUUACAGGUCAAUUGGUGCCUGUUAAUGGCGGGCUCUCGCUGGUACGCUAG